UGGUUAUUUCGUGUGACGUGGUUACUCGCUGCAGAAAUGAUAAGCCUGUUUAUUCAGAUAAGAGCCUUAAACAAAUGAUAGUGUGAUAUUUAUUAACGCGGAACCUCAGCAUCCCGCAAGCACUGAUGCUCCGCCACAGCCUGCAGCUGCAUUGACGGCAAACAGAGCAAGGCAGCGCAUGGGCAGCCAGCAGGGAAUUAUUCAACAUCGCAUCACAUCCCUAAGCAUACAUGGCGUUCUUACACACGGAGUCAUGAAUUCUGUGUGCAGGCUGAAGGGGUAGCCGCCAAAAUUGUGCGCGGCCAUCAUUCUUUGCGUCGGUGUGCAGCAGUGGGGACGAUUCAGUGCACAUUGCCGUGGUUAGGUAUCAUCAUUUUUCGGACUCAAGACGAUGGAUGUGGGCUCAUCCGGAUCCAAAUCUACACAUACGGCGGACGGGCGCGAUUUUUUAUUCCAAACGCAUUUUAUUCCUCAUCUUCCGUAUGGUGCAAGGUGUCUUUGAGAAGAGGACGGACUUCUUGACAAAAUGAGAAGAAAGGUCUGCUUUGACUCACGCCCGUCAAGAUGGAGCCAUCAUUAAGAAGACCUCUACAUUCAAGAUCAAACACACUUCCUUAGAUCUUUAAGGAUCAUUAUUAUUCCUCUUAGGAGAAAAGGGGCAUCUCUUAGCUGUGACCUGCAGUUAUUUUUCUAUGAGCACUGAAUCACAACGAAGAUCGAUCCCAUCAUUGGCCCGAUGUAGGAACUGCUCCCUCCGAUUCCCGCAGCCUCUACUCUCACUUGGAUUUCAGCAUUCAGUCAAAUCCACCAGGACAGAGUAUGCCAUCUGCAGCUUUUCACAGAAUCUUACGACCCCUUCUGCUUGGCACUUUCAUACUGGGAUGCUUUGUGACUCUGUUUUUGAUGUAUUUUAAACCGUCCACCAGCUGGUUAUCAGGUCCUGUAGAGUCAACAGUAUCCACAGACCGGGUCAAAAACCUCUUCUCCACCAAGAGCGACAAAAACAUAACCACUGUUCUGAUCUGGCUCUGGCCUUUUGGACAAACCUAUGACCUGAGCGUCUGCAGCUCUCUCUUCAACAUUGAGGGCUGUUUCAUCACAGCAGACAGGAACCUCUACAAUAAGUCGGAUGGGGUUAUCAUCCAUCACCGAGACAUCUUCACCGACCUGUCUAAUCUGCCGCCGCUCCAGCGACCAUCCUUUCAGAAGUGGGUAUGGAUGAACUUGGAGUCGCCAUCACACUCAUCCCAGCUGCCCGGGAUCGAGAACCUAUUCAAUCUGACUCUCAAUUACCGUCAGGAUGCUGAUAUUGAAGUGCCUUAUGGGUCCAUCGUAGCAGCGGAGGGCGAAGAUGACUUUGUUCCACCCAGCAAAAACAAGCUGAUCUGCUGGAUUGUGAGUAACUGGAACCAGGACCACGUGCGGGUGAAAUACUACAAUGAACUGUACAAACACAUUGAGGUUCAUGCAUAUGGACAAGCCUUUGGGGAGUACAUCUCUGAUCAAGACUACUUCCCCACCAUUGCCAGCUGUAAAUUCUACCUGGCUUUUGAGAACUCCAUCCACAAGGACUACAUCACUGAGAAACUGUACAACCCACUCUCUGUAGGGACAGUGCCAGUGGUUCUUGGCCCACCCAGGCAGAACUAUGAGAACUUUAUCCAGGGAGACGCCUUCAUCCAUGUGGACGACUUCACCUCGCCCAAGGAGCUGGCUGAUUAUCUGCUGCUCCUGGACAAGAACGAGGAAAUGUACCUGAGGUACUUUGAGUGGCGGCGGCACUUUAAAGUAAAGAAAGCCUAUUUCUGGGCAGAGCACACAUGCCUGGCUUGUGAUUACCUGCGUAGGCAUAAGGAGUACAAGGCAUUCAAUAACCUUGAUAAGUGGUACUGGGGUGGAUAGUGCUUUGAAGUACUAUACAGUGUGUAUUUUGUUGGUUGGGGAAAGCAGCGCUUUAAGAUUUUUGUCCUUUGGCUGAAGGGAAGGGUCAUUGCUGUUCUCACCAGAGCUGUGUUUUUAUUGGUUCAGUGGCCCAGUGAGACGUCCAUCUCGUUUUCUGUUAUUAACAAUCUAACUGAUGAGCCUUACUUUGCCUUUUGCAUUAUUCAUUCAUUAUUUUUUACAACUGCACUGUUUUUUCCAACCCUUGAUUUGCUUAACAUGGCCACAUUUGCUGCUAUUUAAAAAAAAAAAAAUCAUUAUUUGUUUAAAGGUUUAAAUUAAAACAUUUAAAUGUUACCUGUAUAACAGAUAUCAAUCAUGAUGCAAAGUUGAUCUUUCCUUUUCAAAUACCACCUUUUAAUGAAGUGGCACAGUGGGCAUUGAAGCAGUGUUGGCUGCAGAAGGAGACUAACAUAAAAUUGAAAAUAUUUAUGUAAUAUUUAUUCAAGUGAGGCAUUAUAUGAUAAAAACAAUGUCAUUUGUGCUAGUGAUGCAGUCACCUAUGCAGUGUUUACUGAACUCAAAUGUGAAAGUAGUUCAAUUGUGUCAUGUACAUAUCGUGUAUUUUUGGAAUUAUGUAGCUGUCACUUCCAUAUUUUUGUAGGUUUGCAUUUGCACUGCUAAUUCAGCUGUUACCUAUCUUUACAUUUGUACAGGAAGACAGAUGGUCAUCUUAUUAUGUGGUUGUAGAUGGCAUAUGGUGAUCAUUGCCCCGGUAGUCUUCGACAGCAGAUGUGACUCCGCUCUGUGAGAGGGAGGUUACUAUUUAAAUCAUUGUGAAUUGUUCAUUGUCACAUGUAAUCUGUCACAGCGCAGUUGGACUCUUUGUGGAUGAUGAUGAUAGUGCAGUACAGAGCCAUUUUACUGCAAUAUGAAACUCCCACACACCUCAUUAUGUUGCAUUCUAAUUUCAUCUACACAAAUCUAUAAUUUUUAGCUGAAUAUAGUCACGAGAAAGAGCACAAAAUUUAGGUAUAAAUGAAUCCUUUUAGUAGCUAGUUUUCAGUGUGCAUUGUACUCUCAUCCCACAAUGUGAACUUAAAUAUUUACACUAAUAUUUUCAAAUAUUUCAAGCAGAUGUUACCAUAUGGUGAACAUGAGUGAGGAUUAGGAUCAAGCGAGAUAAGGCGAGAUCAGCCCACGUUUGGGACCUGUUAAGAAAAAUGUGAAAGAUGUCAGAUGUGCUUGAUGCACCGUGUUUCUGUCUUUGAAUCAUCACACCACAGUGUUGUUUGGUGAGUCAGAGGUUGCACGUGAAAGGUUUUUUAUGCAUUUUUAUUUUUAUUUUUCUACACUGCUGUUUACAGCACUACACCACUCGAGAUCACACUACAAACGACAACUCAUCACCUGUAGAUAUCACAUCACUUUUUAAUGUCAACAGCUAUUCCAUUGUACAAUGCAUCUCAACAGCACUCAGCAGCUAUUUGACAUAAUGGUGAGGUUUUUACAGAAGGUACUGUGAAAAACCAACAUUUUAUGCAAAUUGAGCCGGUGGCUUCUUGGACAAAACACUUGAACAUUUUUCAGAUUAGUAUCAUGUUGAUAUUUCUUCACUGUCAAAGGGACCAUGAUGUAAAUUAGAAUGAAGUCAGUUAUUUUUAUUAUGGAAAGUGGUCUCAAAUUCCAUAGAGAAACCUGUACAGUACAUAAACCUUGUUCUAAACUGAUUCCUCAUCUAGAGCAAACCAGUCCACUAACAUGGAUCAUUCCUGUAUGUGCACCAGUCUUGAAGGAGCUCCGGCAGUGUUUGCACACUGUUUUUUGCAUAUAUGGAAAAAAAAAAUUUAAAAGCAUUGUAUAUAUUUGUAAUCUCAUUAUAACAUGCAAAUGUUGUUGGGCAGUGAAUGUGGUGUCACUGUACCUGUACUGUAAGUAAUGUUGGUGCUUCAAGAGGUUGUGAAUCAAGACUAAAGGAGAGAGACCCUUAACCAGCACUGGAGACUAUGAUUUUAGUGGUGUCUGGUGGACAAUUUUACAAUGAAUAAGUCUUUUUAUAGGGGGUAAAAAUGUUGGCAUGACCCACCUGAAAAAGCUAAGCAAAAAGACAGCAGAGAGAUAGCACUUUUAUUCAUGACUCAUUGUGCUGGUGGCUGUCUUAGAUGGAGCUAUUGUAAGUUCAGAAACUGUCAUUCAAAACCUUGGCUGUCCAACAGGUUAAAUAUGAAACUGUCACUCAUGGUUUCAUACAGUCCAAACUUAUAUAUAGAAAAAAAAGCUUCCUAGUUCAGUGUGGCUGGUCACUUUAAAGAACAAAAGGAACAAAAGAUUUUUAUGGUGUCUUUCUCCUUCAUCCUCUCUCCAUUCUUUCUCUGUUUUGCACAAGAAUAAACACGAGGAGCUGUGGUUUCUCUGUCCCUCCCAGUCUGAGUCUGUGAAUGUGUCACAGCAGCAGAAAGUAAAUCAGAAUGUCUGUGGAUGCUGUCUGACUUGGCACUGACUUUGCUGGAGACCUUAAAUUGAAAUCGUCAGGUGUGGUUGAACAUGGAGAUUUCUCCAGGAAUGCUCAUUUUCUGCCAGGUCACUGAAAUAAUCAGUGAGUCAGAGUUUUUUGCCAAAUCAUUGUAUUUUGCCAAAUGUGUUUUAACUGUAGAUGUCUGAUAGUGUCAAUGAAAAUAAAGAUAUGGAAAAAUGAGCA